AUGGCCUGGCACUUCGGCCCUGGUCUCGCCACUUCGGCGUACAAUGUCCCUGGCGAUGUCCAUGUGAUCCGAUCCAGGAGAGGCCUCCCGAGCAGAGAGGACGUGGCAGGAAGCUGGGCGGGCUGGUCUGCGGGUGUCGUCGCCGUCUCGCUUGGCCCGUUCGUGGUGCAGAUGCUUCUGCGGCAGGGCUUCCAGAGCUGUUCGUUCGGCCCCCUGAUCUUCAUCGGCAUCCCGCUCUUCCCGGGCUCGUGCAUAGCUGACGUGGUCAGCGCCUUGCUGGGCGCUGUGGCCAACGCGAAGGCGAACGAGGAGGGCCCGCGCGGCGGGCGGGCGGGCGGCGGCGCGCCGUGCCUGCGGGACCUGCGGCGGGAGUGCGCGCUGCGCGGCGUGGCCUCCGCCGGCAUGGGCCGGGAGGCCAUGGCCUCCGCCCUCGCCUCGCUCGCGCGGGAGGGCGCGCCGGCCAGGGAGCUCCGCCGCCUGUGCUGGCUGCUGGGCGUGGACGUCGAAGGGGUCCGCGACCGGGCCGCCGUCGUGGGCAUGCUGCGGGCGGCGGCGGGCGGCAAGGCGCCGCCGUAG